UCCGACCUCUAGCCAUCAGCUGCAUGCGAACCAGCUUUCACUGAAGGUAGCUGUUGAACACCUAAAGAGUUCAGGGUUUCUUCAGAGACCGAGAGAGAGCAAAGCUUAGUCUUGUUCUUUGUCAACAAUGGUGGUUCCGGUGAUCGACUUGUCCAAGCUUGACGGCGCCGAGAGGGCCGAGACGAUGGCGCAGAUCGCCAACGGCUGCGAGGAGUGGGGAUUCUUCCAGCUGGUGAACCAUGGCAUCCCGCUGGAGCUUCUUGAGCGCGUCAAGAAGGUGUGCUCCGACUGCUACCGCCUCCGGGAGGCCGGGUUCAAGGCGUCGGAGCCGGUGCGCACGCUGGACGCGCUCGUGGAGGCGGAGCAGCGCGGCGAGGCGGUGACGCCGGUGGACUACAUGGACUGGGAGGACAUCUUCUACAUCCACGACGGCAACCAGUGGCCGUCCGACCCGCCGGCGUUCAAGGAGACCAUGCGCGAGUACCGCGCCGAGCUCAGGAAGCUCGCGGAGCGCGUGAUGGAGGCCAUGGACGAGAACCUGGGCCUGGAGAAGGGCGCCAUCCAGCGCGCCUUCUCCGGCGACGGGCGGCACGAGCCCUUCUUCGGCACCAAGGUCAGCCACUACCCGCCGUGCCCGCGCCCGGACCUCAUCACGGGCCUGCGCGCGCACACGGACGCCGGCGGCGUCAUCCUGCUGUUCCAGGACGACCAGGUCGGCGGCCUGGAGGUGCUCAAGGACGGCGAGUGGACCGAUGUGCAGCCGCUCGCGGGCGCCAUCGUCGUCAACACUGGCGACCAGAUCGAGGUGCUCAGCAACGGGCGCUACCGCAGCGCGUGGCACCGCGUGCUGCCCAUGCGCGACGGCAACCGCCGCUCCAUCGCCUCCUUCUACAACCCGGCGAACGAGGCCACCAUCUCGCCGGCGGUGGCCGGCGGCGAGGCGUACCCCAAGUACGUCUUCGGCGACUACAUGGACGUGUACACCAAGCAGAAGUUCCAGGCCAAGGAGCCAAGGUUCGAGGCCGUCAAGGCGCCAAAGUCAUCUCCGGCGGCUUAAACCUUUGGGAGAGUAUCUAGUAGUUGUUGGGGUGACUAAACCUCAAUUAUUGGUUAUUUGUUGAGUAUAGAAUGAUGGCCUUGAAAUAAGUCUUGUUUGGGCUGCUAUUUUGAGUUGUUUCAUUGUGGCACAAUGAUUGUGUUAUAAUGGUGUUAUGAGAAUAACCACUUUGUAAUUAUAAUCCUCUUGUUCCUGGUGUUGGAUACAUGUAGGCACAUAUCCAUGUAUUAUUGAGUUCUUUCAGAGCUGUUUGAGAAAGGGAAUGCUAUCACAUAAUUCCUUGAUA